AUGGACUAUCCUAAAGGGGUAGACCCCUACGUCACCAGGCAGCAUCUCCUCCACCACACAUACUCCCCUCUAAUAUCUGUUCAUGCCUCCUACAAUGCUGACAUCCUCUUGCAGUCCUUCCUAGGCCUGGACGACAUCUCCACUCUCCAGAUCCUCAAGCCGUAUGGCAACAACGCCAAGUACACCGUCCCGAAUCAGUCGUUCAAGAUCAUCAACAACCAAUUGAUCACGAAAGCGUAUCCCAGCUUUCCUGUGCGGUUCGAACCGUCGCUUCCCGAGCUUUUGACGGUGUUUAACGCCACCAAGCGAUCCGACACCAACGAUGCUGUCAAGCAAGCGCAGUUGGACCAGUUGUUUAGCAUCAGCUCGCUUGAGAUGUUUCUCAACCACUCGUCGCGAGAGAGCUCUUCGCAAGACUCCAAUAAGGAUCUCUAUCUCACGUACUUCAACAAGAUCAUCACCUCCAACAACAUCGUGCCAUUUGAGACGUUCAACCACCCGAUCGCCCAGCUCUUUGUGGUAGACUUCGAUGCAGACACCAUUGAAACCUUGCGCAAGUCAAUCGUGGAGUUUCGCAACUAUAACUUCCCCCGUUUCUUCCAGAUCGACGACUUGUUGAUCCACGUCCUCGUGAUGUACGACGCCACCAAGUUCCUGAACUCCGAGGUGGUGGCUUUCCAGAACGAUAUCAAGGCUACCCUCAACAUCUUGUCUACCAGCAUACCCAUCAACACCAAUAGCCAAGACGAGCCUACCAUCGAGGUGUCGCUCAUAGACAAUUCCACCAUAGAGGAAGAUCUCCAGCGAAUCUCGCUCCAGCAAUCGUCGGCAUCGCCCACCAACCAGAUCUGCAUUCCCAAGUCCUUGGACUCGGUUUUGCGGGCCAGAAUCUACGAGUUAAUCAAUAAAUUCCUCAUCCCUCACAUGCAAUCCAAAAUCCGAGUGUGGGACGAUCAGAUUCUCCAGCCUAAAAAGUCGAUAACAGGCCGGUUUUUCUCUGCCUCCAAGAAGUUCUUUAACAACUCCAAUAGCGAGUUGAACCUGAUAGGCCCGUCCUCGUCUAAUUCGUCUUCGUUCAACUAUACCGAGAACUACUACUACAAAUCCAGUCCCGAGCAAACGGUGCGGAAACUUGCCGACUGGUCGUUGAUCCUCAAGGACUUCAAGUACGCGUACUCGACGUACGACGUAAUUAAGAAGGACUACACCAACGACAAGGCGUGGGUUUACGUUGCAUCCACCCAAGAAAUGUGUAUUGUGUCUCUCCUCUUGGCCCAGACCCAGCAGGUGUCGAAUAAUCCCACGCCCCCAGAUAAGAACACCUUGAGGAAGAUCAGACACGACAUCGUGGAGCCUUAUAUUGAUAAUUUGUCCUACACCUUCAAGUCGAGGCUCAAUCUCAAGACUUACAGCUUGAAGACUUUAGCCAUUGUCACCGAGCUUCUCUUGUGUAUGUGCACCACCUUCAGCAUAUCGUGGUGGUGGACGGACUUAAUUGAGAAGUACCUCCUCAAGAGCGUUGGUGAGUAUGAUGCCCACUUGCUUUCCUCCAAUCAGGAUUCACAGGUGAUCCGAGCCAUUUUGUACGAACGCUUGGGGUACAGUUGUGGCAAGUGUUUGAUCUUGAAUGGAGAUAACCAGAGGUUGCUUGUGUUGAAGGAGGGAAAAUUGGUGAAUAACCAAGUCGAUGCUCCCGAACCCGAGGAAGAAGGACUCUACGUGAACCCCAAAAAAUUGUUACCGUCCAUCAACGAAGGAACUACUGGCUUGUCGAGAUACAGAAAAUCGGCAAUCUGGUAUCUUCUUUCGAUCAAAGAAUGGCUCAUCUUGAAGAACUAUGGCCAGAUUCAGCAUCUCAUGAAUAACAUUCGUUUUGUGUACGAUAUUGACGAACUAGGAGAGGAGUGGUACGACCGUGGCGAUCUUUUGCUAGGAUUUAUCAAGAGGUUUAUGAAAGAAAACCGGGCCAGCGAACUUGGGGAGGAUACCAGCGCCGAAAUCGUCGAAGUAACAAGCAAAGCAGCCACGGAGGAAAUUCGCAAAAGCAUCGCGGAAGAUGCCAGUGAAACUACAGCAGUUGACACCGUUGAGGAUGAUUUGCCUGCUAGCCAGAAAAAUCCUCACAGCUCCUAA